CUUUCCUGUUCCGGCAGAAUUCCGAAAAUUCUAUUUUUAGCGAAUGACGUAUAGGAAAACCGCGGACGUCUUCUACUGCCUCAACAAACAACAGCAAAAGAUUAAAAAUGACCAGUACAGAAACACCUAAUUCAGAUGUGAUACAGCUCAAUUCGGCGGACUUGAUGAGAAUCCUACAGUCAGGUGGUAUUAACUUGGAGAAUAUGGACUUCAUGAACAUGGACCCGGGCCUGGCCCAGCAGAUACAACAGCUGAGACAAACACAGCAAACUUCAGACCCAAACUUGAACCCAGCGGCAGUUCGACAACAAAGGCCCCGCCCAAGCACAAGCAGGCAGCCGUCCCGAGGGACCCAGGCUGUGGGCCCCUAUGUGGAGAUUGUGGAACAGCCUAAGGCCCGGGGGUUGAGGUUCCGGUAUGAGUGCGAGGGUCGGUCUGCAGGCAGCAUUCCUGGAGAAAACAGUACACCAGAGAGGAAGAUAUUCCCUUCCAUCAAGAUACACAACUACAAUGGCCCUGCGGUGAUCGUUGUGUCCUGUGUGACCAAAGACGAACCCUACAAGCCCCACCCUCACAAUCUUGUGGGUAAGGACUGCAAGAAGGGCGUGUGCACACUUCGCAUACGCGACACUUCCACAGUCAGUUUCCCACACCUUGGCAUCCAGUGCGCGAAGAAGAAAGACGUUGAUGGAAACUUGAAGAUGAGACAGGAUAUAAAUGUGGACCCCUUUCAGACUGGGUUCAAGCACCGGGGCCAGAACAUUGACCUAAACGUGGUACGACUGUGUUUCCAAGUGUUCCUGCCAGACGAACAGGGGAAGAUAACUCGCAUUGUACAGCCUGUUGUCUCACAAGCCAUCCAUGAUAAGAAGGCUCUGAAUGACCUGGUGAUUUGUCGAGUGGACAAAACCUCGGGGAAAUCUAAAGGAGGAGAUGAGGUGUUCCUGCUCUGUGAGAAAAUCAACCGAGAUGACGUCCGUGUGCGAUUCUUUGAAGAAAGAGAAGGUCAGAUUAUAUGGGAGGCAUUUGGCGACUUUGGACAGAAUGACGUGCACAGACAGUAUGCGAUAGUAUUCAAGACUCCUCCGUACAGUAACCAGUACAUCCAGCAGCCUGUAGAAGUGGAGAUGCAACUCCAGAGAUCCUCGGACUUGGAGGGAUCAGACCCCAUCAAGUUCACCUACCAGCCAGAAGAUCCAGAUCCGGACAGGAUUAUGGAAAAAAGGAAGAGGAAGGCGGCCAAUCUCAAUUUCCUUGAAUCAGGUGGGAGUCAGGUUGUCACCCAAGAGACCUUGAAACAGCGCCUGAAGCUUAAGGCCACCAGAACAAGUGCAGCCAACCGGGGGAAACAGGAGCCCAUGAUCAAAGAGGAAGCCCAGAGUCCUGACAUGCCACAGUACUCGCUCUCCAAUCUUGGAGCACCGAGUACCCAGGUGUCUGCUCCACUAUCCAUGCCUGGAGGAGCCUCAUUCCUUGGCACCCAGCCAAGUCCGAUCGACAUGAACACCACUAUCACAUCUCAGGCCAGUUUAUCUGGUGGAAAAAUACAGUACAAUCCUACCACAUCACAGCCACAGCAGCCAGCUCAAAUCCAAGGUCAAGGUCAGCUGCAGCUUCAGCAACAACUUAUCCAAAUGCUUGCUGCUAAUCUUUUAAUGCAGAACAACUCAUCAAAUCAAGGCUUACCACAGGCUCAGCAAGCCCCUGUCCAAUCCAAUCCCAUGAUGCAACAGGUACACGGUGAGCAACAAAACCCACAAGCUGAGCAGUUAAAAGCAUUGCUUCAAGCGAUGACCAAUCAAAACCAAGGUCAAAUGGCUGCUGGGGGUCAAGCAAGUAGCCCCUUUAUAACAAGCAGUGACCCGAAUAUGCAGACGCAAAAUGUGGAAAUGAAUUCUCUUGGAUCUUUUGACCAAACUCUUAUGGAUGCUUUGUUGAACCAGACUGGAGAUUCCCCAAUGGUAUCCUUCAGCAGUUUUGAUACUCCGUUACCUGUCAAUGCGAGCGAACUGAAUUAUGACCCCAAUGUUGGUGGGUUUGAGACAGUGGGUGGGGAAACUAGCGGACAGAACUCUCAGCAAGCAUUCGAUGAAACGAGUGCUGCUGUUCAGAAUAUUUGAUAAAUGGUAAUCAACUGAGGCGUUUUAUGAAUAUUGAAGAAUUAAAGUAAUUUGAAACUUAGAUGCACGGUAUGAGUUUCAGGUCAUAUUUGCACAAGUUAUGGGUAAGUGUUAUUGCAUUUUAUGCAUGUUACGGUCCUGUUAGCGUUUUCUAAGUGAAUGAAAUGGUUGAUUUGUAGAAUGCAAUUUAAAAAAAUGGUUAAAGAUUGAAGAAAAAUAUAGUCAUGUUUCCUGCAAGGAAUUCAACAUAUUAUUUUCACUGACAAUAACAGGAAAGAGACCCAUACAAAAGCCCUAAUGAAAAGGUGUGACGAAACUGUAUGAAAUUGUUAUGUAAACUGAAAAGUGCUUUUUGAGUUGAUUUGUUUCCAUUAUAUAUAAAGAUGUUGUUGUUGAUUGUCUGAUUUUUAGUGAAUAAUCAUGUUAAUAAUGAUACAAGUUGUCUUCAACUUGAAUAAUGUAUAUUCCCCUUGAUGUAGUUGGCUAUGUUGUUUAUGAAUUGCAAGGUAAGAGUUGAUACAAUUCUUCUGAAAUAUCACAUUCAAAGUCCUGCUGUGAAGGACAUGUGGAUCUACAGUUAAUAAGUUGAAUGGAAUUCUAAACAAGUCCAUGGGAAUAUAUAAUGCUGUCAUAUUUCUAUAAAGGCCCAUUCGCAGCUCUUUGAUGUAUACAUAAAAAAAAUAAAACCUUACUGAAAAUUUGAGAAAGAAACGUAUCAAGGUGAUGAAUUACGAACAGAACAUAACAGAUAGGAUAUUAUGACUUGUACCAGGAACAUCGUCCUUGUAUCUUCAUAGUUAAACACAAACAUAGUGAAUGAACAGUCAAUGAAAUAGUAGUAUAUGAAUCAAGACAUGGUAUUAAUUUAUCAAUAUAAAAAGAUAAUAAUCAGGAUUUGUACCUGAAUUAUUUAGGUCUAUAGGGCCCAUAUCUAUUACACCACUUAAAAUUGUGAUGUAAUUUGUUUUAACUGAAACAAUAGUUGUCAACAUUUAAAUGUUUACUGUUAUUGUUAAGGGGGUUUUGAACAUACAUUAAAAUUUGUUGACCGGUUUGACUAUCAAGUCAUGGAGUAAUGAGAAGAUUUCAAGAGGCCUCAUUCAAACUGCUAUUUAUUUCUGUAUUCGUAAAUAGAAACAAAUACCAUGCUAACCAGUAGAGGUAAAAUUCCUUUUUUUACUUCAAAAUUUUGUUAAAGUCACAUUAGUGGAUGUUACGGGGGGAACCAUAAUGCGCGGGCAAUAUUUAACAUUUUCAUAAGAGGAAAAGAAGUAUGGAAUGCAAGUUUUAUUAGGGAUACUGUCUUAAAUAGAGUUGUUUUGUAUGCUAAUUUGUUUUAACAUGAGCUUUUAUGUGUAUUCCCUUGACUUAUCAUUACAUUGUAUAAUUGACAUCUGUAUAUAUUUCAGAUUGUAAUAUUAUUUGUAACAAUAUUUUUUGUCAUUCUAAAUAAAAUGUUGAACAUG